GCAGACGGACGUGCGGGCGGUCAUGUGACUUAAGCAUGGCCGUAUUUGCAGAUUUGGACCUGAGAGCGGGUUCGGACUUGAAGGCGCUGCGUGGGCUCGUAGAGAACGCCGCUCAUCUUGGCUAUUCAGUUUAUGAUAUUGUUGCGGUUUUUCCAAAGACAGAAAAACUUUUUCAUGUUGCUUGUACACAUUUAGAUGUGGAUUUAGUCUGCAUAACUGUAACAGAGAAACUACCAUUUUACUUCAAAAGACCCCCUAUUAAUGUGGCAAUUGACCGAGGCGUGGGCUUUGAACUUGUCUACAGCCCCGCUAUCAAAGACUCCACAAUGAGAAGGUACACAAUUUCCAAUGCUCUCAAUUUGAUGCAAGUCUGCAAAGGAAAGAAUGUAAUUCUGUCUAGUGCUGCAGAAAGGCCUUUAGAAAUAAGAGGCCCAUAUGACGUGGCAAACUUGGGCCUGCUGUUUGGACUGUCUGAAAGCGAUGCCAAGGCUGCGGUGUCCACCCACUGCCGAGCAGUGCUUCUGCACGGAGAAACUAGGAAAACUGCUUUUGGAAUUAUUUCCACAGUGAAGAAACCUCGGCCGUCAGAAGGAGAUGAUGAUUCUCUCCCAGCCUGCAAAAAAGCCAAGUGUGAGGACUGAACGCACCUCACAGCCUCUGUCAGUGCUCCCUUCUUCCCUUUUGUAGCCCACCAGCCACAGUGGAAAUAAAACCUUUGUUUGGGUUGCUGUUUUCACAUGGAGCUAGAAAUCAGUAGUCUAUCGAAACGAAUUUUAGGCAAGCCCUUAAAAUAACAAACAAAACCUGAGGAAGCAUUAAAAAAAAAAAAGACUCAGCUUAAUGAAUUUAAAUAUAUUUUAAGAGAAAAACGGAGUCCAGCUUAUAUUCUUUGUGUAAGUGAUAAAAUGGCUGGUAUAAUGAA